CCAAUAUAAAAGGCUGAGAAAAUGACUAAGAAUACUGCACUUUCUCGCUUGGACCUUCACUACAUCUCCGACCUUCUCGGCCAAAUCCACUGUAUCACACCAAUCGUGGCGCUCACUGAGUCCGGAGUCUCCAAGAAUGGCGAAGCUGCCGUGGGGAACGACUCCGCACCCAUGACGGAAUUCCAUCCUGUGGAGGCUCUUGGAGAAAUGGUGAGAACUUGAUCUCAUAACUUAUAAAAGUCGAGAGUAUCCCUUGUUAUAAAUUAUCAUUCAGACCAGACAUAAAACAUCAAAGAAAAUACAGUCAAUAUGAGCGGAAAGACAUUCAACGUCGGUGUCGUGGGCUAUGGCAUGUCCGCCAAAAUCUUCCACAUCCCCUUCCUCACUCAAACUCCCCAGUUCAAACUCCACGCCAUCGUUCAGCGUUCCCCCAAAGAGGGCAACUCAGCGCCCGCUGACUACCCCGAAAUCAAGCACUACACAGACUACAAGGAUCUCUUCGCCGACUCUGCAGUCGAUCUUGUAGUCAUCAGCACUCCCCCCAACAACCACUUUGAGCUCACAAAGGCUGCUCUCGAGGCUGGAAAGCAUGUCUUGACUGAGAAGCCUUUUGUUCCUACCUCUACGGAGGCUGAUAAACUUAUUGAGAUUGCCAAGAAGAACGGAAAGCUCCUUAUUGUUUAUCAGAACAGACGGUGGGAUGCUGACUUUGUUACUCUCAAGAAGAUCAUCUCUGAGGGUACACUUGGUCGCAUCGUUCAGUUCGAUAACCACUUCGAUCGCUAUCGUCUUGUGCCUUCUAAGAACUGGAAGUUGGACCUCCCCCUUUCCCAAGGCGGAAGCGCUCUAUACGACCUGGGAACUCAUCUCAUCGACCAAGCCUACGUUCUCUUCGGCAAGCCUCAAUCCGUCCACGGCCGUCUCCUCUCUCAGCGCGAAGGAAAGUUCGAUUUCGAGAACCCAGACGGUGUCUCAGCAGAGUUGACCUACCCCGACGGUCUCCUCGUCAACAUCCGCAUCAGCGUUCUCAGCGCCGAACUCGAGCAGCCACGCUUCUGGGUCCGCGGCACAAAGGGAAGUUUCCGCAAGCUCGGUCUCGACACACAAGAAGAUGCGCUCAAGGCUGGUGCGAAGGCUACAGAUGCGGACUUUGGAAAGGAAGACCCAGCUCGGUAUAAGUUGGUUGUCGUUGAUGACAAGGAGAAGGUCAAGGAGCAGGCUAUCUCGUCUAUUGAGACACCCACCUACAAGGCUUUCUAUGCUCAGCUUGGUAAGGCUGUUGAGAGUGGGAAGGAGGAGGAUGUUCCUGUGAAGGCAACUGAGGCGAGGGAUGUUUUACAGAUUAUUGAGGGUGUUUUUGAAAGUGCCAAGACUGGAAAGGACGUCACUUUUGCUUAGAGUAGUCAAGGAUAUAUAAUGAUUUAAUGAAGAAAAGUUAUGGAUUGGAAGAG